UUUUUAAACUUUCCCUUUAUGAAAGUAGUGUGUUUGGUAGUACAAGCUGUUUGACAUUUUCACCUAUGGUAUGCUCAAUUUAAUAGGUAGUCUCAGCAGGCGAUGACACAAAUCACUUCGAACAAAUGCACUUUCCCAUAAAAUGUUCAAAACUGCCUGCCAAACUGGUUUGAAGCAGUUGCUUUGUUUUGCCCUGAACCAUGCUGAACUGGUUACCAGACCAGCUUGGAAUGGUUCCUCUGUUUUGUUCUGAACUAUUCUGAGCUCUAGCUGAAACAGUUCAAGUUCACCUCCGAAAUGGUGGCACACAUUUUGGUUUAGUUCGAGCUACAAUUUGGCAACAUUAAGUUGUGCUGAUUACAGAUCAGUUUAAGUGAUUCAAUACCUUAGCACUCAUCCUGUUAUCUUUAAUUAUUAUUUUCUUGCAUACAAGCCAAAUCAGUGCACCUCAUAGGCAGGCAAGGCUGCCAGUAUAUGUGGUUUGUUUUUAUGUGCAGUAUUUCUCAUGUUAUGUUCUGUCUUUUUCUACAUGGGACCACAAAACAUACCAAAUGAAAAAAACCAGUGAUGUCGUCAUACAGUGAAGGAAGUACAGGCAGGAGGACAUCUCGGAGAAUCAGGAGUCGCAGAUGGAAACCAGAGUCUGAAACAGACAAUGCGCUGAGUGCCCCUCAGGUGACUACACGUGAUGGAUUUUGGAAAGCAGAAACUCCAUUUCAGCAAGACCUUCCUGAAAACAGUCCUCCGUCUUGUACUAACCUCUCUGAAAUUGAGCUGAGGACCCCUCUGGCAACUACAAGUGAUGGAUUUUGCAAAGCAGGAACUCCUUAUCGGAAGGCUGUACCUGAAAGCAGUCCUAUGUCUUGUUCCAGCGUCUCCGAGAAUGAGCUGAGGACCCCUCGGGCAACUACAAGUCGUGGAUUUCGGAAAGCAGGAACUCCUUAUCCGAAGGCUGUACCUGAAAGCAGUCCUAUGUCUUGUUCCAGCGUCUCCGAGAAUGAACUGAGGACCCCUCGGGCAACUACAAGUCGUGGAUUUCGGAAAGCAGGAACUCCUUAUCCGAAGGCUGUACCUGAAAGCAGUCCUAUGUCUUGUUCCAGCGUCUCCGAGAAUGAGCUGAGGACCCCUCAAGCAACUACAAGUGGUGGAUUUUGGAAAGCAGGAACUCCUUAUCCAAAGGCUGUACCUGAAAGCAGUCCUAUGUCUUGUUCUAGCGUCUCCGAGAAUGAGCUGAGGAGCCCUCAGUCAACUACGAGCGAUGGAUUUUGGAGCCCAGAAUCUCCAUGUGGGCCGGCAGUAUUGGAAAGCAGUCGUCUCUCUAGUACCAGCUUCUCGGAGAAUGAGCUGAGAGAGCCUCCAGAUAUGAGAGGUGAACGGAAAAGAGAAAUGUCAAAUAAGAAAUCAGUUUCUGCAUGCCGCACACCACUGUCCCGUACUGAUCUCAUGGAAAAUAAUCUCAAAAAGCCUAGAAAAACUAGGAGUGAUUGGUGGAGAAGAGAAAUUCCACAUAAGGAGGCAGUACUUGAAGACAGCAGUUCCCUUUCUCGUACUUGUAUCAUCGAGAAUGACCUCUUGAAUGUAUCUGUUGGGCUAAAAGCAAAGUACCAAGGUUGCAUGGUAGGGGCCUUGAUUGGGGAUUGCCUUGGCUCGCCAUUUGAAGACAUUCCUCAUCGCCAUGUGUUGCCAACUUCAGAGCUUCGCUACUUUCUCUGGCGUAUCCGGAGAAAGUCAGUCAAGGCAGAUGACAGGGCAGGUCGGAGGUUUACAGAAGACCCAGAUCAUGAAUUUGGUGGCUACUACAAGUACACAGAUGACACUGCAAUGACUCAUGUUCUUGCAGAAUCACUAUUGGACUGUGGAGGUUUUUAUCCUACUGUUGUUGCACAAAGGUUCACUGAAGAGUUCUAUCAUAACAAGGAUGUGAAAGGUGAAUAUGGUCCUAAAGUCAGAAGGGUGUUCGCUGCACUAGCCAAGGACAAGUAUGAAGAUGUUUACGCACCUGCUAAAGAACAGUUUGAUGGCACCGGCUCCUAUGGAAAUGGUGCUGCUAUGCGGGUUGCGCCUGUUUCAUUGUACUACUACGGAGAUGAGGAGAGAGCAGUUCAGGUAUCACAGAAGCAAAGCAAGCUGACACAUGCACAUCAUCUGGGAUACAAUGCAGCAGCACUGGUAUGCUUGGCCAUUCAGCUCGCACUUUCAUUAGAUCCGUCCAAGGAACUUGAUGUCGGAAGGUUUCUUGACACCUUGAAGUUGAAGAUGGAGAAAAUUGAACCUGAAGAAGGCCGUUUCUACAGUGAGAAGCUCGAAACCAUGAAAAAAAUGCUGAACCACUACGAAGAUGCUCCACCUGAAAGGGUUGCUGCCAUAUUGGGCAAUGAGAUCACUGCAGACCGUUCAGUGCCAGCAGCCCUUUAUGCAUUCCUUCGUAGUACACGGCCACUGACAGGUUGCAAGACAUCCAACGGCUUUGUCCGAGCGCUGUUCUUUGCCAUUUCAAUGGGCGGAGACACUGACACAAUUGGAACCAUGACUGGCAGCAUUGCAGGGGCAUACUAUGGCAUCUUCAAAGUGCCAAGAAACAUGCAAGGCUACUGCCAGGCAGAAGAACGAGCAACAUGCUUGGGCAACAGGCUAUUGGCAGAAAAAAGUCUGCCAAAGUGAAGGACACGUUUGAGCACUUUAGUUUUUGUGUGUGUGCUUCAGUCAAGAUGCCUUUUUAUGUUUAAUUUUUAUUUUCUCUUUUCUUUUUAUUGUCCAGACCGGUGCGUUGGUCUAAGAAAGUAUUCUUGUCACAGAAAGUAGUCUUAUUUUUAGGGGCAGUUACUUUAACUAACUCUGUGAAAACACUGACAUUCCACUGAAUCACUCUUAAAAACACUACCGAAGGCUUUAUACUUACAAGAUCUGUUUUACAGAAAACCAAUUAACGUUUUGUAACGAAAGUUUAUUUUUCCAUGUCUUUACCUUCAUAGCAUACAGAGAAAGGACCAGUGCUGUAUUUGAGAGAAAAACAGCGCAAUAUUUUUUUAUUAUUAUUCUUCCGAGAAGGUCUCGAGAUUGGCAACUAUAUUGUUGCAUGGUGCAUCGAUAUGUUACUUAGUCCACUUCAUAAUUCAGUUUCAUGUUUGUCUGAUUGCCUAAAUUCAGGCAAUAAUAGUUUACCAUUUGUUCAUUAUUGUUGUUGUGUUUAACAUGUUUUAUCUCUUAGAUCAAAAUACAUUGUUUUUAAAAGUGACAGCUGUUUUGUUUUACUGUUUUAUUAUUUUAAUUGCUUGGAUGCAGGUCAGUCAUCAGCAUUGUACUAGUGUGUUCUAAAUGCCAAAGAAGAGCAUAAAUGUAUAUCUUUUAGGAAUAUAUGUUCUAAAGGAACCUGUUUUGUUUGCAAAUAAACAUAUUUCAUUCAA